AUGGCUGAUGACGAAGAAAAUGAUCCAACAGCACCAUUUAAUGAAUUAGAAGCAUUUGAUUCCAUUUGGCAAGCUUUAAAAUGGAAACAAAUUAAAAAACGUGUUCCUAUAUAUUUUAAAAAAACACUUUCUAAUCGAUAUUUUCUUGCUAAUCUUGUUUAUCUUUUCUAUGCAAUUGGUAUUAUUAUUAUUGAUUAUCCUCUAUGGGGCUAUGCUUUAGCACUAAUGCAUCUUAUCUCAGCUACAUUAUAUUGGUGGGCAUGGAGAGAUGAUCGUUGGAAUGAUCUUAUUAUAAUACCUGAAUAUUUAAAUCAUAUUGAAGCAGCUUUAUAUUUAUGA